UGCCUCUGAGUGUACAGAAAUGCAGUCAUGUGAUGGGCUCAUAAAGAAUGCCAACAUGGAGCCUUGGCAAUGACGGGAUCCAUCUCUGCAACAAAAACACGACGGACAAAAACUUCGAGGACGGUGUAUUUCGAAAGCUCUUAAUAUAUUUCAUGAUAAUAGACGGUGUAGUGAGAAGCGUGGUUCUCUGCUCAUCUCUCCUGUGUAUCUGGACUGUAUCAAUGGUGUCGUUAAGCAGCAGAGCGCUGGUCUCUGAUAAUGACCUCUUUAGGGACAGUGUUAGUCUGGUCUCCCUGGAGCUUGAGGAGGGAGAGGGCAGUGAGGGGAGGAGCGAGGGGGAUAGCUUUGCUUCCGGUUACAGCCCAGAUGCUGGGGACAUGGGUGCUCGGCUCAGCUUCAGCCCUGGAGAGGAGGAAGAGGAGGAGGAGGAUGAUUUUACCCCCAUAGAGCAGGAUAGGGAGAAGCGAGAAGAAGGCAUGCUGCAGGUCCCCAGGCUGCCUGACUUCAGUCCCCGCCUGCCCUCGCCCUUCUCUCCCACCCUUGAGGACAUCGAGGAGUUCCUCAGGGAGAAGAUGGAGCUGGUGAGAGAGGGGAUUCUCUUCUCUAGUGAACCCAUGGAGGAGCCCGCUCCCUCCCCUUCCAGCUCCAUUGAACAACCUCUCUCCUCCCCAGGGGGACAAAGUGACCCAGGGACCAGCGCUGCCCUGUCACCCCCCACCCCACAAACCCCCAACAUCCCUCACACCCACAGCCCAGCAGCCCCGUGCCCCUCCCCGUCCCCCUCAGUGCUCCUGGGAGCACCCUUGGUACUCCAGGUCCAGUCGCUGCCGCUGGCCCAGCCUCUCCCCCAGACAGGCUCUCCUCCUGGGGCGUCCAGUGGGCUGAGAUUGGCCCACCUGGUCUUGGGGCUCCACGGAGGGCAGAACUUUACCCUGCUUGCCUCACAGGUGCCCUCUGCCCCAGCCACCCUUCUCAACGUAGCCAGCAUGGACGCCGGAGUUCCAGACCAGAAGUACGUGAAGAUUGCCCCUCUACCGAUCACCGUGAGGAUUGCCGGGGGGCUUGCUGGGGCAACGGUGGUUGGGGGUCACAGUGGAGGGGCCGUGGUGAAAGCUGUGGCCCCACAUAAGGUGAACAGACCCCCUCCUACAGAGACGCUGAGGGUGCACAAGUGUUCUCAUCCAGGCUGUGAGAAGAUGUACACCAAGAGCAGCCAUCUGAAGGCCCACUUCCGCAGACACACCGGAGAGAAGCCCUACACCUGCAGCUGGCCUGACUGUGGCUGGAGGUUCUCUCGUUCUGAUGAGCUGUCUCGUCACCGGCGCUCCCACUCCGGGGUCAAGCCUUACGAGUGCUCUCUGUGUGAGAAGAAGUUUGCCCGCAGCGACCACCUCUCCAAACACACCAAGGUGCACCGCAGCCCCCGGCCUGGCAAAAACAUCAGAACUACCGUCUGACCCAGCCAGCCCAGUCUGGAUCCUGAUGCCACCCACCCACCUUCACUCACCCUUAACCCUGUUACAGCACUUGACCAGGACGGCAGAAUUAUAAGUACCUGCAUUCAGAAUUCAGACCAGCCUGGUCCUCUACCUUUACCCUGGCUGUGCUUGCCCAGCCCAACCCAGCUCAGUACAAUCUCAACCCCACCACGGGCUGACAGACUCAUGAGACUCAUCCACCCAGGCCUACCCCGGGGAGGCCUUGCCAGAGAGUCUGAGUCCUCAUCAGGACUCUGGUGCUAUAGAAGCAGUCCUGGGCCAGAAUGUAGGGUAGGGUUUCCCAAACUUGGUCCUGGGCCCCCCCCCCCCCCCUGGGUGCCCGUUUUGUUUUUUGCCCUAGCACUACACAGCUGAUUAAAAUAAUCAAAGCUUGAUGAUGAGUUGGUUAGUUUAAUCAGCUGUGUAGUAAUAGGGCAAUAACCAAAAUGUGUACCCAGAGGGGCCCCCAGGACCCUGGAAUAGGGCUCUGAAUCUGAUUCAAGCCCUAACCGGCCUCUGCCGCCUCCCCUCCUUCCUGCAACCAGAGGAGAUGAGGGCUUGUCCUGGUGCUACACAGUGAACUAACAGGUAACGGCCAUUUCAGGGAUGUGAUUGUUCAGCUUAAAGAAGAAGUUCACUUUAUUUGAACCAAAUCUGUAUUUUGAAUGUAAAUGGCAUGUUGUAAAAGUGCCCAGACACAUGACACUGUGUCAUUCUAAACGGUUUCCCAUCUGCAGAUGUGCUGCUUCUCCAUGUGGAAAAGUCUUGUGAGCUACACAGAGAAUUAUCGCUCGAGUCGCACAAAAUGGAAUAAAGUUCUCAAUGACACAAUUUCUCAAUGACACAAUUUCAUGUCUGAAACAUCUAAAGACCUGCAUCACAAUACUGAGAGCGUUGCUGUUUCUAAAAUGACGUAUUUGGGUGUUUUUGGAGCCUUUGUUCAUGUUUAAUUAGUGCCCCUGCAACUGCAGAACGAGCAUGAGGAUGUAUAUCGCUGGUGGUGUAAGGUUCUCAGAAACAAUUUAUUGUAAAAAAAUGGGUACUUCUAUAACAUGCUAUUUACACUACAGUUCAGAAGUUUGGGGUCACUUAAAUUUCCUUGUUUUAGAAAGACGAGCACAUUUUUUUGUCAAUUUUAAAACAACAUAAAAUUGAUCAGAAAUACAGUGUAGGCAUUGUUAAUGUUGUAAAUGACUAUUGUAGCUGGAAAUGGCAGAUUUAAAAAAAAAAAAAAAAAAAAAAAAAAAUACAUUUGAAUAUCUACAUAGGUGUACAGAGGCCCAUUAUCAGCAACCAUCACUCCUGUGUUCCAAUGGCACGUUAUGUUAGCUAAUCCAAGUUUAUCAUUUUAAAAGGCUAAUUGAUCAUUAGAAAACCCUUUUGCAAUUAUGUUAGCACAGCUGAAAAAUGUUGUAACAAUUAAAGAAGCAAUAAAACUGGCCUUUAGACUAGUUGAAUAUCUGGAGCAUCAGCAUUUGUGGAUUCAAUUACAGGCUCAUAAAGGCCAGAAACAAAACACUUUCUUCUGAAACUCGUCAGUCUAUUCUUGUUCUGAGAAAUGAAGGCUAUUCCAUGCGAGAAGUUGCCAAGAAACUGAAGAUCUCGUACAACGCUGUGUACUACUCCCUUCACAGAACAGCGCAAACUGGCUCUAACCAGAAUAGAAAGAGGAGUGGGAGUCCUCAACUGUCAGCUUCAUUAAAUAGUGCCCGCUAAUGAUCAAUUAGCCUUUUAAAAUAAUACACUUGGAUAAGCUAACACAAUGUGCCAUUGGAACACAGGAGUGAUGGUUGCUGAUAAUGGGCCUCUGUACGCCUAUGCAGAUAUUCCAUAAAAAAUCUGCCAUUUCCAGCUACAAUAGUUAUUUAUAACAUUAACAAUGUUGACACUGUGUUUCUAAUCAAUUUGAUGUUAUUUUAAUGGACAAAAAAUGUGUUUUUCUUUCAAAAACAAGGAAAUUUCUAAGUGACCCCAAACUUUUGAAUGGUAGUGUACAUACAGAUUUGGUUAAAAUAAAGUGAACAUCUCCUUUAAAGUGGAUUUCAGGCCUUAACGCUAAAUCGCAUCCUGCUCAGCCCCCCCGCCAUACAUAUACACACACCUCGUUACCCUGAGCAGAUGACAAAUUGUGACAGGCAGUUGCUCACUGUAUAACACUGUUUUAAAUGUAAUUUAAUUGUGUUUAAAACCCUAUACUGUCACACAUUCUAUUCUACAUAUUUUAUUGUUCUGUGAAUCUGCUUCAUGAGUUACUCUCUACAAAACAGUUUUAGAGGGCAAUCCACCGUAAAUAACCCAGCUCAUUCUAGCCUGUAAUCUGUGCUAUUAGCCCAGAUGAAAUUACUGUGUUGAUAUGUGAGUUUAGAGAUUCUCUCAGAGAACAGGUGAUGAGUCUAAAUCUCUUAAAUAUCCCCUCCUGCUCCCCACGGUGCUAAACCUCUGUCCCAAUCACAUCCCUACCUGACCCUACAAGGGCCAAUCCAGUACUUUUACCACCGCUUCCCUGACCUCGUGCCUCCUCCCACUCCACAAAAGACCUCUGGGCUGCAGACUGGUGUCUGUUGGUUUUCACCAUGGUACUUCACUGUUCCAUUAUGUAAUAACUGGUUCGUUAAGAGUCCACUCACACCCACCUGGUUUCCCAGGUUUGCAUCAGAUGCUGAUUGAAGGGUAAGAGUGACUGAGUGAAAACCAGCAGAAAUCACAGCCCUCCUGGUCCAUGCUCUUAAAUGACUGGAAUGAGUUUAAAAACAAAAUAUUGCCAAACCAAACGUCCUAUUUGACUUUUCAGUCACCUUUUUGUGCUAUCUGCUCACACAUUGUAUGAUGUAGAACCUAUAAGCUAUUUUACUUUAUUUCUAUGUCUUUAAAAUCAAUGUUGAAAUGACUUGGCGAAAGCUAGUUGUGUAUACUGUAUUUGUACAUUGGCUUUACAAUGCAAAGUAACCAAUUUUGUAAGGAACUGCUUAGUCAUUUACAGUAGUAGAGGUUAGUAUGUUAGGCCAGCAAGCAAAGCUAAUUUACAGUAUAGUAGCAUACUGUACCUGAAAAGAGCAGCUGAUCUUUGUCCAAUCUGUGUGCGUCAAAUAUCCCAUUUACAUGUACAGAACAUGUAGGAGCUCCUAUCCCGAGACAACCCCCCCAGUCAGUAUAUUAAGCUAUCCAGGGGUGUCUGUGCUUGAUUCUCUCAUGUAGUGUAUCUUGGUGAACCUGUAGAAUGUUAUUGAGGGGUUAUCAGGUCAGCCAGACAGGAAUGAAUUAUGAGACCCACUCUAACAUUAAUGAGUAAACCCAUCACAUCCCAUCAAGAUGAGCCCUUUGUUCUCAAGUGCACUUACUGUAUGUUAGCAGGAGGGGGUUUAGCAUGGAGAAAUGCUAUGCCAAGCACUGGAGGGCUCUGUUAUGGGUAUGUAAGCUGUAUCUAUGUGUUUGAGUUUAAACUUGUAAAAGGUGCUUUUUCAACAGGCUACUGCACUUAUGAAAUCAUAUAGAGAACUAUGGACUUUUCAGGGUAGCAGUCUGGCCAACAUCCCUUGAGUGAAUUGUACUCACAUUUGCCACCCAUCACAGUGGUUCAGAACUUUUGGUUAAAACACACGUUGUGUUGCCUUUGGAUGGGUCAACUCAGAAUUGAGCACUCCAACAUACCACCGCCCUUCAUCAACAGCAUCACUGGUAAUCAUCACCAUCACAUGGCCUCUUAAACAGUUUGUUGUUCUUUGAGCAUAACUAGUUUGAAUAGAUCACAAUCCCACUCAGAAGUCUGACCCAGCUGUGUGUCCAUGGCUGGUCUAGUCCCUCUGAUUCAGUCCUGUUGUGUGUUCCCCUUCCUGCCUUACCUUUAACCAUGGGUUUCUCUCCCAAUAACUAUAUCAUCCAAAGUAUACACACACUCAACUGUACUGUAUGUUUGCUGAAAUACAGGUUCUAUUUUUUCAAAUACCAGAAAAGCUAUUUUCCUAUGUAUGAUAAUAAAGGCUAAGAAAAUUAAA